ACUCACCUGAAAAAAAACUGUUUUUCUCAAAAUUCGCUUUCACAAUUUGGUCGUAUUCACUAACAACGUGCACUUCUUUACCGAUAUUUUCAAAAAACUGUUUCAAUUCUUUACAACGAGUAGUUUUGCCGCUACAGGGGACCCCAGUUAUCACAAUUAGGGGCAUUUUGCAAGAAUCAAGUUUGAGAGUUCGUACAUUUAAUGAUAAAUUAUUUAUCUGAUAAAAAACACAGUUCAUUGUCCGAACUCAGGAAGAAAUGUUGGGAUUAAGACAAGUCGUUUUUUUCGCCCAGAAAUGUUUUUACUCUUCUGGGGCUCCCACACAGGUGAAGGUGCAAAAUGGAAUUGUGAGGAUAAUAAUGUGUGACCAAAAAACAAGAAAUUCCUUGUCAAUUUCAAUGAUGGAAAACCUAAUCAACAACAUAGACGAAAACUCAGCCAACAAGAGCAUCAGAGUGAUAAUAAUAACCGGGGAAGGCCCCAUUUUCUCUGCCGGACACAACCUGAAAGAAUUGUCCCCAGAAUGUGGCCAUGCCCAACAGAAAAAAGUUUUCUCUCUUGCUUCAACUCUAAUGACCAAAAUCAUCGAUAGUCCUGUUCCUGUGAUAGCCCGAGUCGAUGGUCUGGCUGCGGCUGCUGGAUGCCAACUUGUGGCCCAAUGCGAUCUGGCUUUUUGUACCGAAAAAAGCACUUUUUCAACACCUGGGGCGAAUUUCGGGAUUUUUUGCUCGACACCGGGCGUAGCCCUGGCCCGAAGUGUCCCCAAAAUCACCGCAAUGAGAAUGCUUCUGACUGGAAAACCAAUUUCGAGUCACGAAGCCGAAAUGAGGGGUUUAGUCAACAAGGUUUGUGGGGACCUUGACGGGGAGAUUGGGGGGGUUUGUGGGGAUAUUAUGACCAAGAGUCGGGCGGUAAUCGAGUUGGGGAAGCGAUUUUACUACAAACAAGUCAAUAUUGAGGUGAGAAAAGCGUACGAAAUUGGGGGUUUCACAAUGGUGGAGAAUUUGCAAAGCGCGGAUGGGCAAGAGGGCAUCCGGAGUUUUAUCGAGAAAAGGAAGCCCCAAUGGAUGCAAUGAUAAUUGUUGUUGGGGUCAAGUUGGAGAAAUGGCACUUGAUAUUAAAAUUAUGGAUGGGCAAAAGGGCAUUCUGGGUGUUGUCGAGAAGAGGAAACCUCAAUGGACCCAUUGAUUGUUGUUAUUUUCUUCAAAUCAGUGAAUAAAUUUGGCUUUUAACAA